AGUGGGAGGAAUAGUGUCCCAUCGUUGGUGUCAGUGGGAGGAAUAGUGCCCCAUCAUUGGUGUCAGUGGGGGGGGAAUAGUGCCCCAUCCUUGGUGUCAGUGGGGAGGAAUAGUGCCCCAUCCUUGGUGUCAGUGGGGGGAGGAAUAGUGCCCCAUCCUUGGUGUCAGUGGGGGGAGGAAUAGUGCCCCAUCCUUGGUGUCAGUGGGGGGAGGAAUAGUGCCCCAUCCUUGGUGUCAGUGUGGGGGAGGAAUAGUGCCCCAUCGUUGGUGUCCAUUUGGGGGAGGAAUAGUGCCCCAUCGU